AUGUGGUGGAAAGCCAUAGGAUUAUUGAGUUUUGACAAUUUGUGGAAUGGUGGUGAUGGUGAGUUUGGGAGAAGAAUUAAGAAGUUGGAAGAUGUAGUGGUUGACGGGGUGAAGAAAAGAAGUUACCAAAUUCUCCUCAAUGGCAAUCCUAGUAGAAGGUUCUGUCCGCAAAGGGGUCUCCGUCAAGGAGACCCGCUGUCACCUUAUCUUUUUAUUUUGUGUGCAGAUAUUCUUUCAGGUUUGUUCAGGAAGGCUGCGUUAUCAAAAGAUAUUCAUGGGAUCAAAGUCGCAAGGAAUGCUCCUACUAUUUCUCACCUCUUUUUCGCGGAUGAUAGUCUGUUAUUUUCUAGGGCAAAUGAAGCUGAAGCAAUCAGAGUUCUUAGUAUUCUGCAAAAGUAUCAGAGAGCUUCGGGCCAGCUGGUAAAUGUUGAGAAGUCGGAGGUUUCUUUUAGCGGUAAUAUGGGAAAUGUCGCGAAGGAAGCUAUCACUAGUUUUCUGGGAUUCAAAUCUGUUUCCAGUCAUAUAAAGUAUUUGGGGCUGCCUAUCGUGUUUGGUAGGUCAAAGAAAGCAGUUUUUUCAUUGGUCGUGGACAGAGUCUGGAAAAAAUUAAAGGGAUGGAAAGAGGGAUUCUUAUCCAAGGCGGGCAAAGAGGUUCUCAUAAAGGCGGUAGCUCAAGCAAUUCCAACAUAUAUAAUGAGUUGCUACAAACUUCCCGAUUGUGUUUGCGCGGAGAUUGAAUCUAUGUUGGCCAGUUUUUGGUGGGGAGCGAAAAACGGGGAGAAGAAAAUCCAUUGGAUGAGGUGGGAAAAAUUGGCCAUAGCAAAAGGUGAUGGAGGUAUGGGAUUCAGAGGCAUACGCGAUUUUAAUGUCAGUUUGCUUGGCAAACAAUUCUGGAGACUCCUUAAAGGAGAUGGCACUCUAAUGGAGAGAUUCUUCAAGGGGCGUUAUUAUCCUAACUGUAAUGUGGCUGAAGCGGGAUUGGGAUUUAGUCCAAGUUAUGCGUGGCGGAGUAUCCUUAGUGCUAAGGAUUUUGUGAUGAAAGGAUCUAGAUGGAGAAUUGGGGAUGGUGAGAAAGUUCGUAUAUGGGAAGACAAUUGGAUACCGUCGCUGGCUGGUUUCAAACCUAUAAUUCGUCCUCUUGCCUCGUCUAGUGUUUCUUUGGUUAGCUCUCUGAUCGACAAAGAGGUGGGUUGUUGGGAUUUGGAUAAAGUUAAGGAGGUGAUUGGAGAUGUCGAGGCAGCCCAUGUUAUUGGAAUCCCUCUAUCGGCUGAAUUGGGUGAGGAUACGCUGAUUUGGAAUGCUGAGAAAGAUGGGGAAUUCUCUGUAAAAACAGCCUACCAUCAACUCUGCUCCUCUAGGCGCAAAAAUUCGCCCAGUGCCUCUGUCAGUGUGUUGGACUCGUUGUGGAAACCGCUGUGGAAGACUUCUGUCCCUAAUAAGAUCAAGGAAUUUUUAUGGAGGCUUGUGAAAGAUAUCCUUCCUACCCGGAGCAAUAUUUGCAAGAAAGGUAUUAAUAUUGAUUCUUCCUGUCCUUUGUGUGGUUGCAGCCCUGAAAACUCUUCCCAUCUUUUUAUUCAUUGUGAUUUUGUCAAGCGAAUGUUUUUUGCUGGCCCAUUGGGGGUGAGAGUACCGGAGAUUGGGGAUGUUGGAGAUUGGUUGUUGCAGGUUUUCAGAAGGAAGGAUCCAAAUUUGGAGCAGGUUAUUUGCUUUGGUUUAUGGAAAGUCUGGCAGGCAAGAAAUGCUCUUGUUUUCAGGAACUCUGUGCCAAAUCCAUCUUUGAUAGCUCAGGAGGUGAAUUCAGAGGUUUUGGAGUUUAAUGCUUGUGUGAGAUUGGAUGCUACCGUGUUGCGGCCCCUGCAGGUUGAAAGCUCUUUUGGCAAUUCUUGGAUUAUACAGACCGACGCGGGCUGCUUUGAAGAAGGUUUUGUGGUCCUUGGAUGUGUGAUUAGAGACCCUCUUGGUGAGGUGGUGAUGGUUGCGACCAAUAGACUCCCAUGCGUCGCUCCACCGAAUGUGGCAGAAGGUUUUGGCAUUAGAUGGGCCCUGAAUUUAGCUAAGGAUGCGGGAUUGGAAAACAUAAUGCUCCUUUCUGAUGCCCUUGAGGUUGUAGAUUGUAUCAAUGGGGUAUGUUGUGUAGCUAUCUUGGAACCCAUAGUUGUUGACUGCCAAACUCUUUUUAAAUGUUUUCAUUCUGUUUCUGUUAUGUUUGUGGGUAGAAACAAUGUAGCUGAUGCCCAUAAACUAGUUGGUUUAGGUCGCCAGAUUGGUUCCCAGUCUUGGCUUGGUUUUAUCCCUCAUGAUGAGGAGUGUUCUGUAUCUUUGGCUCAUUUGGCCGUUUCUUAA